AUGAAAGUUAAUAUCUUUUUCUUAUUAAUUACAUUUGUUAAUAGUCAGCAGCAUGAUUUUUUUUCCAAUCUACCUCGUGUUGGAUCAUCAGGUAAUUAUACAACUGAUCGAUGUGUAGAGAUUGCUCCUACACGUUUAUGUGCAUCAAUGCCAUGGAAUAUGACGAUUUAUCCUAAUCAUCUUGAACACAUACUACCAGAGGACGCUGAUAAUCAUUUGUCAUAUUUUCUUCCAUUAGUUAAAAUUAAAUGUUCAAAAUUUAUACAAUAUUUUCUAUGUAGUCUUUAUACACCAGUAUGUACUACAGUACCAAAAUUAAGUGCUCUUAAACCAUGUCGAGCAUUAUGUGAAGAAUCUCGCGAUGGUUGCGAAUCUGAAUUGAAACGAUUUGGCUAUUCAUGGCCGCUACAAUUUCGUUGCGAUGAAUUUCCUACUAACGAGCCAUGUGUUAGUACACCCACAAAAAAUCAUAAUUCAGAAGUAUUAUUAUCAAAAGGUAUUGAGGAUUUAGAUGAUUCAUGUUCAGACCAGUAUCGUACAAUAAUCAAUGAUUUUAAUUAUAAAUUUGAUUAUAAACCAAAUUGUGCUAUGCCAUGUAAUCGUAGUUUAUUUGCAACUACACAAGUGAAUUAUAUUCGUCAGUAUGUUGGUGUAUUAUCAAUUCUAUGUCUAUUAUCAACAUUAUUUACAAUAAUGACUUAUUCAAUUGAUUUAUCACGCUAUCGUUAUCCAGAACGACCAAUAUUAUUUUUAUCUAUCUGCUAUUUUGCUCUUGCAUGUGCAUAUGUUGGUGGUUUUGUUGAUUACUAUUUCGGUUCGAAUAUAGUUUGUAAUCCAGAAAAUUUUUCACUAUCAAAAGACACAAGAUUUCUUGUACAAGGUACACACAAUCGAAUAUGUGUAUUAACAUUUUUACUGAUUUAUUAUUUUGGUAUGGCAUCAAUGAUAUGGUGGGUUAUAUUAACGUUAACAUGGUUUCUAGCGGCUGGCUUGAAAUGGGGACAUGAAGCCAUUGAAUCCCAAUCGGCUUACUUUCAUCUUGCAUCAUGGGGUAUUCCAGCUUGUUUAAGUGUCAUAUUAAUAAGUAAACAUUCAAUUGAGGGUGAUUAUUUAACAGGUGUUUGUUAUACUGGUUUAACAGAGCCCAAUGUUCAACUUGGCUUUAUUAUUGUACCAAUAUGUACUUUAUUAUUUGUUGGCUUAUGUUUUCUUCUAGGCGGUUUUAUAUCUGUAUUUAAAAUUCGAACAGUUAUGAAACAUGAAGGAACAAAAACAGAUAAACUUGAACGUUUCAUGGUACGCAUUGGAUUAUUUAGUGUAGUUUAUAUCGUACCACAAUUGAUAUUAAUAAUAUGUUUAUUUUAUGAACAACAUAAUUAUUUCUAUUGGUUAAAAACAUGGAAACAUGAAGAAGACUUUUGUUCGAAUCCUAUGCAUUGUCAAUUAAAUGAAAAUAGAAAAUUUCGACCACGUUAUGAAUUAUUUAUGAUUAAAUAUACAUGUAUGUUAGCUAUCGGUAUAAUAUCAUCGGGUUGGGUUUUAAAUGGUAAAACAAUGGCAUCAUGGAGAAUUUUCUUUUCACGACAACGACGAAGUUCAGGAUCAGAACUUUUGUAA